CGGCCAUGCCUCUAAAAUGAGUCUCUCUGUGGAACAUGACACCAACGUUAAGAGGGGUCAGUGCUCUAAAAUGAGUCUCUCCGGGAAGAGAGAGGAGGGGGGCCCUGCCUCUAAAAUUCAUCUCUGUGAGGGACAUGACACCAAAGCUAAGAGCCCAAUCAAGCAGGAGAGACCAGCCUCCCCUGUUCCCAGCUGUGUGUCCAUGAAGAGUGACCAGUCUAUGGGUCAUCCUCUAUACUUUAGAGAGGGAGACUUUUCUACUGAACAAAGACCAAUCAAGCAGGAGAGACCAGCCUCCCCUGUUCCCAGCUGUGUGUCCAUGAAGAGUGACCGGUCUAUGGAACCUCCUAUAGUGUUUAGAAAGGGAGACGUAUCUACUGAACAAAGCCCAAUCAAGCAGGAGAGACCAGCCUCCCCUGUUCCCAGCUGUGUGUCCAUGAAGAGUGACAAGUCUAUGAAUCUACCUACGAAGUUUAGAGAGGGAGACUUUUCUACCGAACAAAGACCAAUCCAGCAGGAGAGACCAGCCUCCCCUGUUCCCAGCUGUGUGUCCAUGAAGAGUGACCGGUCUAUGAGUCUACCUGAAGAGUUUAGAGAGGGAGACUUUUCUACUGAACAAAGAAACCAACAGGAGAGAUCAGAGUCAGAGAUUCUCAGUGGUCAGUCUUCCCAGAGUCAUCGAACAGACCUGGUCUCCAUAUUCAGUGUGCUUGAAGAGAAUAUUAUGACAUUUGUGAAGAACGAGCUGAAGAUGUUCAAGAGGAUUCUUAGUCCAGAACUCCCAGAAGGCUUUGAGAGUCAGAAGCAGGAUAAGGAAGUGGUGGACGCUGAAGAUGAGAAGCAGAACAGCAGUGCCAGAGAGGGGGCUCUGAAGAUCACACUGCACAUCCUGAGGAAAAUGAACCAGAAGGAGCUUGCUGACAUACUGGAGAAAAAUGAACUUGCUGUGAUUUGCCAACGUGAACUCAAAUCUAAUCUAAAGAAGAAGUUUCAAUGUGUAUUUGAGGGGAUCGCUAAACAAGGAAACCCAACACUUCUCAAUAAGAUCUACACAGAGCUCUACAUCACAGAGGGUGGAACAGGAGAGGUCAAUAAUGAACAUGAGCUGAGACAGAUUGAGACAACAACCAGGAAACAAGCAAGACCAGAGACUGCAAUCAAAUGUAACGACAUCUUCAAACCCUUAACUGGACAAGACAAACUUAUCAGAACUGUGCUGACAAAGGGAGUCGCUGGCAUUGGAAAAACAGUCUCUGUGCAGAAGUUCAUUCUGGACUGGGCUGAAGGAAAAGCAAAUCAGGAUGUCCAAUUUGUAUUUUCAUUCCCUUUUCGGGAGCUGAAUUUGAUGAAAGAUGACAAACACACUUUGAUUGAACUUCUCAAUCACUUCUCAAUGGAAACUAAACAAUCAAGAAUCUCCAACUUUGACAAGUACAAAGUUCUGUUCAUCUUUGAUGGUCUGGAUGAGUGCCGACUGCCCCUAGACUUCCAGAAGAACAAGAUCUGUUGGGACGUCACAGAGUCAACCUCAGUGGAUGUUCUGCUGACAAAUCUCAUCAAGGGAAAUCUGCUUCCCUCUGCUCUCCUCUGGAUAACUACCCGACCUGCAGCAGCCAAUAAGAUCCCUUCAAGGUGUGUUGACCAGGUAACAGAGGUACGAGGGUUCAAUGACCCACAGAAGGAGGAGUACUUCAGGAAGAGAUUCAGUGACGAGGACCUGGCCAUCAGAAUCGUCUCACACAUAAAGACAUCAAGGAGCCUCCACAUCAUGUGCCACAUUCCAGUCUUCUGUUGGAUUUCUGCAACAGUCCUUGAACACAUGCUGAAACAUAAGAGAGAAGAGAUGCCCAAGACUCUGACUGAGAUGUACACACACCUUGUGGUGUUUCAUACCAAACAGAAGAAUGAAAAGUAUCUUGGGAAAGAAGAGACAGGUCCACACUGGAAUAAAGAGAGCAUUCUGUCACUGGGAAAACUGGCUUUUCAACAGCUUGUGAAUGGCAAUCUGAUUUUCUAUGAAGAAGACCUGAAAGAGGCUGGCAUUGAUGUCAAUGAAGCCUCAGUCUACUCAGGAUUGUGCACACAGCUCUUUAAAGAGGAAUGUGUGCUGUACCAGAACAAGGUGUUCUGCUUUGUUCAUCUGAGCAUUCAGGAGUUUCUGGCUGCUGUAUAUGUGUUCUUCUCAUUCAUCAACAACAAUGAGAAUCUAAUGGACAAUCUGCAAACAAAAGACAAGUCUGUAGUUACUUUCUACAAGAGUGCUGUGGAUAAAGCCUUACAAAAUGAGACGGGAAACCUGGACCUUUUCCUCCGCUUCCUUCUGGGCCUCUCACUGGAGUCCAAUCAGAAGCACUUAAAAGGUCUACUGAUAAAGACAAGAAGCAGCUCACAGAGCCAUGAAGAAACAGUCAAGUACAUCAAGGAGAAGAUCAGGGAGAAUCCCUCUCCAGAGAGGAGCAUCAAUCUGUUCCACUGUCUGAAUGAACUGAAUGACCAUUCUCUAGUGGAGGAGAUCCAAAGCUUCCUGAGAUCAGGAAGUCUCUCAAAACCCAACCUGUCACCUGCACAGUGGUCAGCUCUGGUCUUUGUGUUGCUGACUUCAGAAAAGGAGCUGGAUGUGUUUGACCUGAAGAAAUACUCCAGAUCAGAGGAAGGUCUUCUGAGGCUGCUGCCAGUGGUCAAAGCCUCCAGAGCUGUUCUGCUGUCAGGCUGUGGAGUCACAGAGGAAGGCUGUGCUUCUCUGGUCUCAGCUCUGGAGUCAAACCCCUCACAACUGAAAGAGCUGGAUAUGAGUAACAAUGACCUGAAGGAUUCAGGAGUGGAGCUGCUCUCUGAUGGACUGGGGAAUCCUCACUGUAAAUUGGAGAUUCUGAGGCUGUCAGGCUGUCUAGUCACAGAGGAAGGCUGUACUUUUCUCGCCUCAGCUCUGGAGUCAAACCCCUCACACCUGAGAGAGCUGGAUCUGAGUAACAAUGACCUGAAGGGUUCAGGAGUGGAUCUGCUCUCUGCUGGACUGGGGAAUCCCCACUGUAAACUGGAGACUCUGAGACUCACUGGCUGUAAACUCAGAAACACAUCCUGUAAAGUGUUGGCCUCAGUUCUCAGUUCAAACCCCUCACACCCGAGAGAGCUGGAUCUGAGUAACAAUGACCUGAAGGAUUCAGGAGUGAAGCUGCUCUCUGCUGGACUGGGGAAUCCCCACUGUAAACUGGAGACUCUGAGACUCACUGGCUGUAAACUCAGAAACACAUCCUGUAAAGUGUUGGCCUCAGUUCUCAGUUCAAACCCCUCACACCUGAGAGAGCUGGAUCUGAGUAACAAUGACCUGAAGGAUUCAGGAGUGAAGCUGCUCUCUGCUGGACUGGGGAAUCCCCACUGUAAACUGGAGACUCUGAGACUCACUGGCUGUAAACUCAGAAACGCAUCCUGUAAAGUGUUGGCCUCAGUUCUCAGUUCCAACCCCUCACACCUGAGAGAGCUGGAUCUGAGUAACAAUGACCUGAAGGAUUCAGGAUUGGAGCUACUCUCUGCUGGACUGGGGAAUCCCCACUGUAAACUGGAGACUCUGAGGUUAUCAGGCUGUCUAGUCACAGAGGAAGGCUGUGCUUCUCUGGUCUCAGCUCUGAGGUCCAACCUCUCACACCUGAGAGAGCUGGACCUGAGCUACAAUCACCCAGGAGACUCAGGAGUCAGACUGCUCUCUGCUGGCCUGGAGGAUCCAUACUGCAGACUGGAGAAACUCAGGCUGUCAGGCUGUCUAGUCACAGAGGAAUGCUGUGCUUCUCUGGUCUCAGCUCUGAGGUCAAACCCCUCACACCUGAGAGAGCUGGACCUGAGCUACAAUCACCCAGGAGACUCAGGAGUCAGACUGCUCUCUGCUGGACUGGAGGAUCCACACUGCAGACUGGAGAAACUCAAUGUGGAUCAUGGUGGAGAGUACACAUCGACAACUGGGCUUAGAAAAUAUGUCUGUGAUCUCACACUGGACCUAAACACAGUAAACAGACACCUCUCUCUGUCUGAGGAGAACAGAAAGGUGACAUGGAGGACAGAGAAGCAGCCGUAUCCUGAUCAACCAGAGAGAUUUGAGGUCUGGGGACAGGUGCUGUGUAGAGAGGGUCUGACUGGGCGCUGUUACUGGGAGGUAGAGUGGAGUGGAAUAAUGGGGGCUGGUAUAGGAGUGACAUAUAAAGGAAUCAACAGGAGAGGAUGGUGUGAUGACAGUAGGCUUGGAUACAAUAACAAGUCCUGGAGUCUGUUCUGCUCUGACAGUUACAAUGCCUGUCACAAUAAUAAUCUCACUACCAUAAACGUCCCAUCCUCCAACUCCCACAGAGUAAGAGUGUAUCUGGACUGGCCAGCCGGCACUCUGUCCUUCUAUAGAGCCUCCUCUGACACACUGACCCACCUGAUCACAUUCACCUCCACAUUCACUGAGCCCCUCUAUCCAGCGUUUUGGGUUCAUGUUGACUCCUCAGUGUCCCUGAAAACAUAACCUGACACAC